AGACCAGAGACUUUGGCCGAAAGCUCAGCAAUGGAAUCCGAAAGGCUAAGCAUAUACAGAGCAUCAAGAACAAUAAAACGCAGAGACAACUCUCUAUACAACGCUUUACGAUCGAUUUACGAGGACUCUAUUUUCGUGGGAGAGAUUUCUCAGCUAUGGCCCGAACUGCCACUACUCGCCAACCUCCGUUGUGGCCUCUGGUACGCUCCAAAGUUCCAUUCAACCUGUUAUUUCAAAUCCACCGACGGUCACACUAACAAUUGGUCCUUCAGUACUGCUCGUCUCAACCUCCAUGUGGCCCUCCUCGCCGGACAGAGGGGAGGGUGUAUGAUUGUUGAUUCAACUCGGAAAGGGAAGCAGUUUCCAGACAGUAUGUCGAAGACAAUAUCCAUUUGGACGUGUGUAUUGAAUCGGGCAAUUUUGAAUUAUAGGAGCAGAGUGGGCAAGCCAAAUAUGCCAAUGGAGCGAGAGUCAGAUGCUUGUGAUCAACAUGCUGAAAGUACUGGACUUGUCUCUCCUAGUUGGGACUGCUCCUUGCAUCUUCCCCUUUGGGUUUCCAAUGCAGAGAAAGCAGCUAUUGAAGAUCGCUUGGAAGGAUGGAUCAAGCAAUUAGAAGCCAGUGGAGGUGAUGUUGCAUGCAUUGCAUCAGCUUUGAAAAAGCCGUUACGCCCUCUAUGGGUCUCACAGAAAUCCGUCAUCUGGUUAAAUGAAGUACCUGGAUAUGACUCUUGGGAUUUUACACCUAUCAUGCUUGUUUCUGCAUCUUCCUCUUGUGGCAUUUUGCAACAAAGGACUACCUCAGAGUUUAGCUGGACUUACAUAGCAGGAGCUGGGGAUGAUGAAGAAAGUUGGGCCAGGGGUUUAUCACCUAAUCUUUUCUGGAGCCAUGCGCAUGAGCUUAUAGACUCAGGUCCUGAUUUAUGUAACCAGAAGGUAGCUGAUAUUGUUGAAAAGGACAGAGUGUACCGUGCACAAAGGGGACAAAAUGCUCCUCAGUUAUCUGUCAAGCCUUCCAAGUUGUCUGGGAGCACUGAUCAUUUUCCUGCUGAGAAUUCGCCGUUAGGAUUGGGGAUUUCAGGAGCUGAGAAUGAUAGGAAAGAUUCCGUUGAUCUUCAUGCAAUAUCUUGGUUGGGUUCGACUAAUCUUGCAGUUGGUGCAACUCAACAUGCUGCAGAUGCAUCCGAUGUUGAUAGCGCAUUGGUCUGUGAAAGGGAGUCAUCCUCUCUCUGCCUUGAGUAUCCUGAAGUUUAUUUGCACCUGCCAAUUCUGAACUCAAAACUGGACCGAUUUUCUUUGUACAGAAAUCUCCCUGCAGCACUGAUUUUUGCAAAGUCAAACCUAAGAAAAGGAAAUAGACUUCUAGUUUGCUGCAAUGAUGGGGAAGACAUUAGUGUAUGCGUCUGUUUGGCUAUCUUGACAUCAUUUUACACUAAUGAAGGAUCUUUUGAUGAUGGGAAAUCCUUCAGUGAGACAUGUAUCACUAAGCUGGAGAUGCGACGACGACUGGUAUUUAUCUGUAAAUUUGCAGUGAAUGCCCGGCCAUCAAGAGGAAAUUUAAAACAAGUUUUUAAUUUCCUGAAGGAUCAAAGCGUUGGUUCCGGGUGCUGACAGCCAUAUUUAUGUUUACGGGAACUAUUGAAAUUUGAAGUAAUGUUAGUACUUGCAAUACUGAGACUCCAGAAUUUUGAGGAAAUAAAGGAAGAAAACGAAUAGCACUUCU